CCUCGCCCGCCGGCACGAGCAAGGCACACAAAUAUUGCCGAUGCGCUGAGGAAAAUGAAGGCUGUGGCGGCAAUAGUGCUGGUGCUGACUGUAGUUACAACGACGGUCGUUCAGAGCUUUGCCCCCAAGGCACGGCUACCUAUCCAUGAGCCGCGGCGCCUGGACUGGGAAGAGCAUGUGAGAGACAUCAAGCGCAGGGGGGUGUUCAGGCGCAUGUACCGGAUGGAGGAGCACAGCUUACAAACUUGCGGAGCUGCUGCGACCAAUCCUGGAGAGCAACGACUUCUAUGCAAGGAAGCGCACGCGCAGCGGAGCUGUGCCGGUAAAAAUUCGUUUGGCGGUGGCGUUGCGCAUGCUGGCAGGAGCAUCAUACCUAGAUGUCGCGGUGCUGUUCGGCAUUGCGAAGGAGACUGUAUUCCACGUCUUGUGGGAAGUGGUGGACGCGAUCAACAACACGCCGGAGGUCGGGGCGUUCUUUUUCCCUCAGACAAGGGAUGAUUGCGCCCGGCAAGCGAAGGAGUGGGAGGCCAAGAGCACCGGCGGCGUAUUCUCCGGUUGUGUUGCUGCUGGAGAUGGCCUGUUCGUCAAGACCAUCGCCCCGUCUCCGGUGGAUACCCCGAACGUGCUCUCCUACUUUUCCGGGAACAAGAGUGGGUACGGGUUGAACAUCCAGGCGACCUGUGACGCCAACUACCGCUUCUGCAGCAUGUCGGCCAUUUCGGCCGGUGCGACGAAUGACUGGACAGCAUGGAAUCGUUCUUCGCUGUCAGACUCGGUGGCGCGCCUACCGCCUGGGUACUACGUGCUAGGCGACGCGGCGUACCCUCUCAGCGAUCAUCUCCUCACGCCGUACCCGGGGAAGUUGCUGCCACGAGACGAAGACUCGUUCAACUUCCACCUGAGCCAACUGCGAGUGAAGAUCGAGCAAGCUUACGGCAUCCUCGUGGGGCAGUGGGGGAUUUUGUGGAGGCCGUUGCGGGUUCAGUUCGCAGGCCGCAGCGCCCUCAUCACGGCCCUCUUUCGUCUGCACAACUACCUCCGCGACGAGCAAGUGAAGCCGGUCCACAUGUCAGAGGAAGACACGGAGACCGGGCGCGACCGUCCCCAUCUGACGGAAAACGACACGCUGCCGGAAGACUUUCAAACAACCGACACGGGGGUGCCGAAGCCGACGAGGUCGGGAGACGUCCCCACCCGCCUGGCGCUGAGGAUGCUACUGGACAACAGGCGACAAUACCGCCCUCUAUACAACCUGCAGCGCAACGAGGCACUGUAGUCAUCGAGGGCUGACAGGCGGA